UGUUUGCUGGGGGUACCGGUAAGCUAGCGCCAGCUUUAAGGCUCUCCGCCUUCCAUCGUUCCUCCCCUCAACACCACACUUUGGACAAAUAUCAGAAGCAGCGACCACACUCGACACCGCUCUCACACACGCAAAUACCGCGCUGAACGCCUCGCAAACGCUCCGAGACCCCCGCCAGAGCCCAAUUGCUCUCUGCAACAGCCACAACUCCUCUGUUUACGCGUUGUUUACACUACUUCAUUCACCAUGGUUGCGCCCAUCACAGAAGAGGCGAAGGCCGCCAUGCUUGCCAACUUUGAACUUGAGUUCAACGCACGCAAGGAAAAGCUGCGCGCCAUGUGCGAAGCCCAGUGCGCCAGUCUGCGGUCGCGUCUCGAGCGACGCGUGAAUCGCGUACCAGCCACGAAACGCCAUAUGCCACUCAUCGAACUCCUCGCGCCGCCACCACCACCAGCCGCGAAACCCGCGCCUGCACCAACAAAGGCCGCAACUACCAAGAAGGCACCUACGAAGAAGGCCGCACCUGCUUCCGUACCCGUACAUGCUCUUGCACCUCCAGCAAAGAUUCGAGCUGCUGCGGCCACCACCACCGCUUCUCGACCAACGACCGUCAAGGCCGCACCUGCACCCAAACCAACAACCAAGUCUAGACACGCACCCUCGAAAUCCGUCCCGACUACUUCCACGCGCGGAAAGAAGCGCAGCAGCGAUGAAGCCACCAGUGAGGACAAGGAGAAUGUUUCCAUCGAUCUCGCAGUUCCCAAGAAGAGAGUCCGAGCUGCAACUACAGUCUCAAAACAACCUGUAGUUCCCAAACCAGCAGCACCAGCCGCCAGAUCAACCCGCGCAGCAUCUCGGAAGACUGCACCCGCAGAAGUGCUGUCGCCAAAGAACAAUAAUACUCGCGCGAAGCCAUCAACUCGCAGCGUCCGACCACGAUAGAUUUACUGACAUUGACGGCUAGGGUUAUUCAGGGAGUUUUGGGAUGUUUGUUCGCUAGAUACCCAGGUUGUGAUGCAUACGCGGCGUUUUGGGACGGGUUUUUGUAAAUCCCUUCAUGUAUUGUAGUCUUCAAGCUGCUCUCCACCAGGCUUGAGAACCGUUUGGUUGAGCUUACUCGCAAUGGCUUGCUCCUAAAGAUAAUCUCGCCUUGGUGGAGUAGGUAAUGCAACA